AUGUUCUUUCCAACUAUCGCCACCCUCAAAUUCACUGCUUUUGCUGCCACCGUUAGAUACUUAGGUUUGGUCGGUGCCCACAAGGCUCCCUUGUCCAGCCCAAAGGUUUCCCUCGCCUUCGUUGCUACUGGCUUGGGUGCCGGGUUGCUCUACGACUACAAGAAGCAGGAAUGGCAGGCAUACACCGAGGACCGUGUCAAGUUCUUGGAAAAAUUCAGAGAGGAGGUUGUUGUUCCCGGUCAGAAGGCCCACUGGGAGGAGACCAAGGACUUGAGAUCUGAAGUCCGUCUUUAA